UUGAUUCUCUCGUUUCGCGCAGGGAAUGCGCGGCAGAGCAUUUCGCAUUUUCUGAGUGGCGUCUUUGGGGCCGAGAUAUCCAAUCGGGUUGAUGAGAUCUUGAUGUUUAACGAAGUGACGAGGGAAGAUGUGGAGAAAAUGGUUGACUUUAUGGUCAGCGACUUCGCAAAGAGGAUUAAGAGAUUGGGAGAGAGGUCGAUUGAAGUUGAAGUGACCGAAGGGAUGAAGAAUCGGGUGGUGGAAGAAGGGUACGACCCGCCGACAAGUGGCGGAGCGAAGCCGUUGAAGAGUGCGUUCGCGCGGCUGGUGGAGAAUCCAUUGGCUGAUGCCGUUUUGGAAAUGAGGACUGGAAGUGACGAAUAUGUUGUUGCUAGACUGGAUUACCAUCCUGAUUUUGGCCCGUCUUUACGUAUUUUAUAUGUGGGAGAACAGCAAUAUGUAAGCCGCGAAUACUAG